GGGGAAGCUGCAGCGGUUCUUCCGUGUCAGACGUUUCAGUGGAAACACAUCCAGACAGAAGACUUUCCUCUGCCUGCUUUCACCGGAGGACGUACUUUAAACAAACAGGAUGCAUUUGGUGAGUGCGCUGGGUUUGUUCUUGGCGCUGCUGCAGCUGGGGAGCACUCUGCUGCUGGGAGCCUUCAACAUCAGAGCCUUUGGAGACAAGAAAUCGUCCAACGAAACCCUGAUGGACAUCAUCAGCAAGAUCGUCCAUCGUUAUGACGUUAUUCUGAUCCAGGAGGUGAGAGACGCUGAUCUCUCAGCAACCAAAAAAUUAAUGCAACACAUUAACAAGGGUUCUCCUCAGAUUAGAUACCGUCACAUUGUGAGUGAGCCGUUGGGUCGCAGCUCCUACCGGGAGAGAUAUCUCUUUCUCUACAGAGAACAGAGCGUGUCAGUUGUGAAGAACUACACCUAUGACGACGGCUGUGAGCCCUGCGGUACAGACACCUUCAGCAGAGAACCGUUUGUCGUCAUGUUUUCAUCUAACGAUGCUGCUGUGAGGAACUUUGUCCUGAUCCCUCAGCACACCUCUCCGGACUCUGCUUUGAAGGAGGUGGACGCCCUCUACGACGUGGUGGAUGAUGUGCGUGCACGCUGGAAGACCAAUGACAUUGUGCUGCUGGGGGACUUCAACGCUGGCUGUAACUAUAUACUGGGCUCAGAAUGGGAUAAGAUUCGUCUCUUCACGGACAAGAAUUUCCACUGGCUCAUCACUGAUAAGAUGGACACAACUGUGACAUAUACUCACUGCCCCUACGACAGGAUCGUGGUCACCACUGACAUGAUGAGAGGGGUGCUGCGGGGCAGUGCUCAGGUCUACAACUACAUGAAGGAUCUGCACCUCAGCCAAAGCCUGGCAUUGGCUGUCAGCGACCACUUUCCUGUGGAGGUGAAGCUGAUUGGCCACAGUCUCACAGUGUGAGCCCAUCUACAGGAAGUGUUCUCAAUCAUGUACCAGCCAAUCAGCAGGCCAUUUAGCGCCAAGCAUGAAGCUGCUCAUGUGUCCUCCAAGUGACCGCUCCAUCUAAACUGUCACAGUCAACAUCACUGUGAUGCCAUGAAUAACAGUUCAUGGUUACAAUAAAAAAAAUGAUUAAAUUGUGUUUAAAUUUGUUAUUGCAUUGCUUGAAGUAUCAUCAA